AUGGAGGAAGAGCCUCAGGAAGGGACGAGGAAGCCGGCGCGCGAGCGAGCGAGCUCCGGUAUGUUGCGUAAGGAGCUGGACAUGCGGCUCACGGCGUAUCUGCCCGCCGUGGUGCGUCGGCACGUGGAGAAACAGGACAUGCAGCGUCCGCUGUCCAUGCCCACGACGCACCGCACGACCGUCGUGAGCAUGUUCGCCGACGUGUCGGGCUUCACAGCCAUGACCGAGUCUCUCGCUGCCCGAGGGCCUGUGGGCGCUGAAGAUCUAGGCAAACACUUGAACUCGUACUUUGAGCAGCUACUGAGACUCGUGUCCAGCGCGGGCGGAGACGUCUUCAAGUUCGCAGGAGACGCCAUGCUCAUCUUCUGGCCCGAGAGCAAGGAGGACACGAUGGACAGUUUACUACGUCGUGCACUGCAGUGUGCGCUACGGAUCCAGUCACAUCUACACGAGGCCGAGCUGGCUCAAGGUGUCGUAUUGAGUGUGAAAGUGGGCGUGGGCAUUGGAGAAGCCACGAUCGCACAUCUUGGCGGAGAGAGUGACGGCGCCACUGCGCGCGUCGAGUACGUCGCAGUGGGGCCAGCGUUGGAGCAGGCGUUCAGUGCCGAACACCAGGCGGAAGCAGGGGACGUCAUCUGCUCUAGCGAAUGCUGGAAGCGCGUCAGUGAGUUCUUUGACGGUGCUGCAGUUCGCGGCCACGACAACAACAAUGAGGACGGGAACUGCUUCCACAAGGUCACAGCAGUGAACAAACCAGUCAAGAUCUGCUCCAGAAGGCCGUCUUUUACACGCCACGACGCGCUGCUGCAUAAACGAAUGAAACAGUAUGUUUCUCGUGCUGUGUGGCCCUAUUUGGACGCUCAUGAUGAGUUCUGGGGCUCCGAACUCCGAGACGUCACUGUAUUAUUUAUCAACCUCGGCUUCAGUGAGCAGGAUCUAGCUCGAAUGCUCGGAGCGAAGGAGCUACAGCGACUGCAGGACGCGUUUGCCACCGUCCAGAAGUGUGUGUACGACUAUGAAGGCACCAUCAACAAGUUCCUAGUGGACGACAAAGGCAGUACAGUCAUCGCUGCCUUCGGUCUACCACCCGUAACACACGAGAACGACCCUAUUCGAGGCAUCUUGGCGUCUCUAGCUAUCUGUGCUGCACUCGGCAACACUGGACUCAAGGCUUCGGUGGGUAUCACGACCGGUACAGCAUUGUGUGGCGUUGUUGGCCAUCAAGGCAACCGACGAGAGUACACGGUACUGGGAGAUAUCGUGAACCUGUCGGCUCGCUUGAUGCAGCGCGCAAAAUCCGAAGGUGGCGGCGUGAUUACAGACGCCUCAACGAAGAUCUACACGCAGGACGUGCUGCACUUCGAGAAGCGUCCAGAGAUUAUGGUCAAGGGCAAGAACGAGAGCAUCAAGAUUCAUCGUCCGUACCCUCGAAUGUCCAUCUUGAUGGACUAUCAUCUGUCGUCUACUGUACAGCAAAACCCUCGGAAGCUCAAGACUUGUUCGGUGGGACCCACAGAUGAGAUAAUUGGUCGUGUAGGACGUGCCAACGCGCUGUCGGUUGUGAGUCGAGCUGCGCCGAUCCAGAACUUGAUGGAGAAUAUGCAUCGUGUGCAAGUACGUGACGCCCAGCGACGGCUAUCCGUGCGUGCUGAUCGACAGUGCUUACCGGCUGCAGAACUCGUGGAAAGCGAGAGCUUCGUCCAAGCUCGUACAGCUUUGUUGGACAAGUGUUCGCAUCUGAAUUCCUUUGCUCCCGGAGGAGCCUUCGUGUUGGAGGGUGACAUCGGUGUGGGCAAGACUGUACUGCUUCGAUCUGCCCUUGCCAGUGCUGAAGCUGGAGAUUACCAAGUGCUCGUGGGUACAGCUAGUCCUUUUGCCACGAAGAAGCCGUAUGCCGUUUGGUCCGAGCUCAUUACGAGAGGAGCGAUGGAGCAGCUACAUGGUAGCAGCAAUGAGCCUGCGCCUCCACUGUCGCCUGAUGUGGGAACCACAACGGACUCCACUGCGGUACAGGCUCCAAGUCGAGUGGCGGAGACGAAGCGCAGACAAUGUGUGGCUCAGUUCGUGAGGCAGAAGAUUCGCGAAGGAGCAGCGCCCAACAGGACACUCGUCCGCUAUGCGCCUCUGCUCGACGAAGUCUUGGACACAGAGUUCGACGCUUAUCCUGACACUAGCGACGUCAAGAGCGAUGACUGCAACACAGAACAGACCAACCAGAGCGACGAAGAUGCUGACAAGAGCCAGCGACACAAUGAACAAGAGCUACGGGCGUGUGGAUACGCCUUCGCUGAGAGCCCGGACCGAACGCUUAGCGUGAAAGAAGACGAGAUCGCGUCGUGGUUUUUGGGGUUACUGGAGAUGGAUCUGGCUCAGAAGGAGGAAGAGGCUCGAGCGUCGAUGGAUACUUCGUCUUACAUCGACACAAAGGACAGUGAACCGGACGAGCAAGAAGACGAGCAAGAGUCAGAGUGGAGACCUGAUGCUCUGGAUCUCAGCGGCAUUCUCCUCUUGUGUGCACUGCACGCUAUGUCACGCGAUCGCGCAACUGUAUUUUGUCUCGAUAACGCUAUGCACAUGGACGAGAAGUCGUGGGUUCUGGUCACGAUCAUCGCGAAAUAUUUCACGAACUGUUUGGUUGUCGUCGGCACGCGGCCUCCAAGCUUGGCACUGGGUGAAAACACGGAGAGUGGCUCGUUCCGCAAGCAGUUACGUCUGCUCAAGCGCCUCAAGUCUUCGUCGUGUAAAGCACUCGAUACGUGCAGUAGUGGAGAGACCGAGCUGCUGUCACGUCAGAUCUUGAAGGUUCCUGUGAUCCCCAGUGAUCUCUUGGCGAUUCUCGUGUCGCGUUCCCAAGGAAACCCGCUUUUCCUACUCGAGAUCAUCGCCGAGAUGCAAGAACAACAAGUGAUCAAAGUGGACGACAAGAAAGGAGCUCGGACGUGUGAGCUGCGUGUACAGGAAUCGUGGGGUGACAAGUCCAAGGCCCAGUUCUGCUUUGCUUGUCAUGCCAGCUUUGCGAACCCCAAAAAGGACAAGGACAAAGACAAGAAGAUCGAUGUGGAGAGGGAGAUGAACCAGAUCACGGACGUAGAUGUCACUAGGAAAACCAAGCAUCGUUGCAAGUGCUGUGGCUAUUUCUUCUGCGCCGAAUGCACGCCGAAGGCGUGUCAAGCGAAGAUCCCAGGCAAGUACAGUGAGCCUGUACGUCACUGUCGAACGUGCUACAAUUUGUCCUCAUCGCGUCGACCUAGCGGCUCAUCUCACGGCGUCGGAGCUGCAGUUGGAGCGGUCACAGACAAGCGAUUACGUCCUAAAGGUCGAAUUCGCUCCAUCUUCCAGUCGGGAGGAGGUGGAGACCUUUUGUCCUCGUCGUCAGCUUCGUCCAAGUCUCCUGCGCUAUCGAAUCCUCAGACCUUGACGAACCGUAUCGCGUUGAGGCCUCCACGGACGGUUAAGAGCGUUCUUACCACGAUGCUGGACCAGCUGACUUGUUCACAGCGUAUGCUGAUGAAGACUGCGAGCGCCAUCGGACCGGUCUUUGACAAGGAAAUGCUGCGUGGCGCGUGUCCGAUCGAGGCUUAUUUAUGUCGAUUCGCUCAGGACUUGGAGGAGUUGGAGCAGCUGGCAAUGAUCCGAAGAAUCGACACGUUUAUUGGCGGAGUGCCAGCUUCCUUAGGAGCUACGGGUGCCAUCCUGACUAGCAGUCAAACUGCGCCACCGAGCAGCUAUUUGAAGAUUAAGUUCGAGUUCAGUCAUGGCUUCAUGCGCCGUGUCGUCCGUGACCAACUGCUACGAGGUCAACUGGACAAACUCAACGCUCGAAUCGCAGAUUUCCGCGAGCAACAGCAGAAGGAAUUACGCCACAAGUUUUUCGCCAAGGCGAACGAGAGUCUUUCUCGUCCGAUUCCGUUGAGUAUUCCAGCUCCUUCCGGAGAAGAUGGUGACAUUCGACGAGCGCUAACUCCUACUGGAGUUGGUAUGGGGAACUCUCAAUCUCCAGGGACAAGACGUCAUCGUUUGGUUCGACGCAACUCGCACUCAGGGAUUCGUCACGACAUUACGUCCAGUGAGAUUGUGACUGCAUCGUCCGAUUCCUCGCCCGAGUCGUCGAUGACGCAAGCGCUACACGAGACCGAGUUCGACGACGCACUGUCCCAUAGUGCUACUAGAAGUAACACGCGUCAGGUGGGGUCGCAAGUGGGCAGACAAGCGACGUUCAUUCGGUUGAAGGCGGACCGCGUGGUCGUCAAGAAAUAUAGUAGCAUGUUCUCACAUUUGAAGCUCAAGGGACUCAAGAACGCACGACAGUGGAAGACUCGCUAUGCUGUGCUAGAGAGCAACCGCUUGUUGCUUCAAUACUACGAGGACGACCCCAUUGGAGACGUCAGCAGAUCUGCUCCGCUCCAGCAUGACAAAGGAGCUCGACACUGCACCUUGUUGUCUCUGAAAGGUGCCAAAGUGAGCGCGUGUGACCCCGAAGUGGCUGCUAAGGUCAACUGCUUCCAAGUGCAAGUCACGGAGUGGACGAAAAAGGGCAAAGUCAUCAAGAACCAACGACGCUCUUUUAUCGUUGGUGUCGAGAGCGAAGAAGAGGUGGAGAACUGGGUCUACAUGAUUCGAUUUGCGAUUGAAUCGCUAGAAAGUCAACCUGCCAACUUGCAGCAGUAG